AUGUCGAUUAUGGACGUAUCUGGCUUUUGCCAGAUUGGAAAAUACGGAACUCUGAGCUUGUUGAAGAAGCAAGAUCAGACCGUCAUAACCUCGUUCGGAAUCGACAAUGAAGAACUCACGUUUGGUCGGGAUCCUAGCUGCAGCGUUAGGCUGUACUAUCCCAAUGUCAGCCUUGUGCAUUGUAAAAUUGUAUUUGAGGAGAAGAAGGCCUUUCUCGCGGUUCUGGGCGAAACCGGCCUUGUCGUCGACGGUUGCGAGGUGUUCCCCAACCCAAACAGCGCUGCGCCAAUGAUGGUCCCAUUAGCGAACAACUCUGAACUGGAAAUCCACGGAAAACGGUUUCGAUUCACCUACCCGCCAAAGGAUAUGAGGGCCCAGCUGUUUGCAGCCCCAUCUCCGGCACCCAAUAGAAAACCACGGCUGUCUAUGAUUCAGUCGGCGCAGGUCUUCACACCCCGUCCUUCGAAUGACCCAAGGGAGAACCUCCGCAUCCUCCAAAGCCCCUUGCGAAACAAAUUCAAGAGUCCAACCAAACCCUCACUACUAUCUCGUACGCCCACCAACGGGCCCGAACCACAAGAGGAAGAAGAGGAAGAAAUUGUAUUGGUUGAUGGGAAUUACCCCAGAGUCGUCGAGGAGGAACGUGAUUUGGUCAUCCUCGAGGACGUCCCUGUCAGUUUGCCACUGGUCCAGCCGACCCCAUCGAAUUACCCGCCUAGGACGCCGACAAGGCCAAAAUCCAGGAAUACUCUCCACCGCGCCGUAUUGAUCCGUAGCGCUCAACGUGCCGUGCUCAGGGCUGAAGAGGAGGAAGAGGAACAGGAGGUCCUUGAGAGUGUUGUGGUUGCCGCAGAAUCCGAUGAGGAUGACGAAGCGGAGGAGGAAGAAGAAGAGGCAGAGCAGCGAUACAGUGACGAAGAGAUGGAGGAUGUGGAGAUGGAGGACGUUGAAGAGGCGCAAGAAAAGCCUGCGCCAGCUUGGAGAAAGAGUCUCGGACGCAUAUGGCCAUUCACCGGUGGCAACGAAGAGAAGGACGCCGAGGAACAAGAGCUCGAUAUGCAAGAAGAGGACGAUCAGGAGCAGGAGCAGGAACAGGGGGCUCCAAUGGAGGAGGACGAGGAGCAAAAUGAGGGGGAACAAGAAGAGGAAGGCGACGAAAAUCAACCAAUUCAACAAGAAGGCGAGGACGAAGACUACGACGAGGAAGAAGAGGAAGGAUUUGCGCCCCUUCCUAACAUCGCUCAAACUCCCGCUCGACGACCAUUGGGUUCUUUCCUCACUCCACAAGUGCGACAAGGCCAAGCCGAACAAUCCAGUCCAGCACCUUUCGGAAACCGUCUCUCAUUGGGUGGCCAGCCCAGACGCGUGCUUGUCGAACAGCCAUGGCGUGUCAAAGACAUUGUCGUUCCUCUCGAGCAAUCACCCAACAAACAGUCAGGCCCUCAACGCGUCUCCGAAACUCCUCGUCGACAACCACCCACUGAAGAGGAGCGUAAAGCGAUUCAAGAGCGACGCCGAAGUGCCCUCCGCCAGCCGGACAACUUCUUCCCUGGUGGUGUUCCUGGUAUGUCACCAAAGAAGCCUACUAUUCCCUCGACGCCCAUCCGGCCGAGUAUCCCACUCGACUCUUCUCCUUACAAGGGUGCGUCACGGAGGACCAGUGGCGACGAGGAAGACCUCGACACGCGCACUCUCCUCGAGAAGAUGAAAGAAACCGUAGAGACGAUGAAGAGGCGCAAGAGUCUCGCUCCCGGAGCUACACCUCAACCCCAACGGUUGUUUGCUACUCCUCGCAAGUCGAUUGCCGACGAUGGCCCACCUGUGUUUUCGAGUGUGAAAAAGUUGGAUUUGAAUGCUGGGUCGGCAACUCCGGGACCUUCGACGCCUACCCCUGCCGCGUCGUUUAUUGCCCGUGGACAUCAUACUCCAAGGGCACCGGACGUGCCUAUGGAUGCGUCGGACGAGGAGGAGCGUGAAGAGGGUGAUGAGGAGAAGGAUAAGAGUGAUACUUCGUUCUCGUUGUUGAAGCCUGAGGCGAGGAGCGAGAUUCCGGCGAUUAGGAUGAGUCUUGCACUGGCCCCAUCGCCACCACCUUCUUCGGCGGUUGAAGAAGAACCUCAACCCGAAGUUCCUACGAUUGUGGCGCCCAUGGACGUCGAUGAACAACCGCCUGCGGAAGAGGAGCCUGAACAGCAAACUGAAGAGGAACCGGUGGAGACUGAACAGGAGGAGGACCGAGAGGAGGAACAGCGAGAGGAAGACGAAGAGCAGGAGGCGGAGGUGCCUGCCGCUAAACCUCCCAGUCGUUCGAGGCUUCUUCGACCUCAGAAGAUUGUGCCCACUCCUAGUGAGAUGGAUUUGCUCACCGUUGAGCAAGCAGAGACGACUCAAACCCGCCGACGAUCCCCUCGUGAACGUUCACGGUCGCCACAACCACCAGCCGAAGAGGAGAUGGAGACUGAAGAAGCACCUGCACCGGCUGUUAAGCCCCCUUCAGGUCGUGCAACACGCAAGGAACCUGAACCUCCCGCUCCGACGACCAGGACUACCAAAUCCACUUUGGCGAAGAAGACGACUGUGCGUAAAGCCGCGGCAGCUGCUGACUCUGAAGAAUCCGAGCCCUCCGCUGCUCCCGUGCGCAGGGGACGGAAGGCAGCUGCUGACCCUCCAGCUGAGAAAGCUGAGCCUGUGCGAAGGGGAAGGAGUAAGCCUGCUUCGGGGCGGGGUGUCAAGAAGGAAUCGGCGGCGGAAGAGGAGGUUGCUUCAGAAGAGGAGCCUGAGGAAGAGGAGGAGGCUCCUCGGAAACCUACUAGGACUCGCGCGCCCUCCCGGACGCCUGCUACUAUCACCGCGACGACUGCUGCGCCGAGGAGAACGGGAAGGCGGACGCCUGCUUCCGCUUCGGAGCAGUCUGAUGUCGAGCCUGUGAGGAAGAGGGUGGGUGCCAAGGCGACUACGACUACGGCGGCGGCGGGGGUGAAGAAGAGGGUCGCGGCGACGAAGGCGGCUUCUUCGAGUUCGAGAGCCAAGGAAAAGGAAGUCGAGGAUGCGGAUGCGGAGGAUGAUCCACUUGAUUCUAUCCAGGAGUCUGGUGCCCCUGCUGCGACCAAAGCGAGUGCGGCCAAGACUACCCGGGUGAGGAGGAAGGUCGCGGUGAAGGAGGAGGAUGACGAGUCUUCUGGUUCCAGCGUUCCUGCUAGGACCACGGCCAAGGCUGCAACUGCGACCCGAACUGCCAGAACUACGACUACGGCAGCUACUACGGCGGCCAAAACUCGCACACGCACAACUGCAGCUGCGACGACUGCGCUGAAGACUCCCGCGGUUGCAACCACUAAGACUCGAACUCGUAAGACGCCCGCUACCGCUCCUGCUGCUAUCGAAGGCGGGGAUAAGGAGAACGAUACGCCUGCUGUUGGGUCUAGUCGCUCGACUGCUACUUCUGGAUCCUCAAACGCUGCUGCGGGGGGAGAUGAUGCCGUGGUGAAGUUGAAAGUUUCUAGGUCGAGAGGGAAGGGUACUGCCGCUGGGACAGGAACGACGACUGCGGCCAGUGGGAGUAGGACGAGAGUGAAAGCUGAGCCGGAGGAUGAACCUGUUCGGACGAGGGUUACGAGGACUACGAGGACUCGGACUAAGACUGGAUGA